UGUAGGCCUACUGAAUAAAGGAUACAAUCGGUUAACCACGACAUCCACUCUUCCUAUCUGCAAUAGGACUGCAUUGUUGUUGUCAUCUUGUUGAUUUGUUGCAUGUCAUUUUCUUUGAAUAACCUAAUCAUUACGACAGUAUGGAAAUUGUGUCAGUAUAUUUCCAGGGUGGUGAUACGGUGUGUUCAAAAUUAUAUUCGUUCGUUAGGCUAAAUCAAACCGUGGGCUGUGCGUAAUUUGGGGUUGAGGAUUCAUCCUUAAACAAAUUGACUAUUCCAAAGGGCUUCUAUAAUUAUUAUACAAGCUUCUUGUGUUUGACUAUUGUCUGUAGGACUUAGGUUAUCCUAGUUGUGGCUGCGGUGGGAGUUGGUAAGGUGGGUUAACUUGCGCUGAAGUCUCCGUGAAGCACACAACUGAUGACGUUGGGUUGAAUGACCAAUCGGAAGGCGCUGCCCUUUGGAGACAAACCAUUUUACUUGUAGUGUCUGCAUCAAGUCUGGAAGCAAGGAUUCAAUUUUAACAGAAUCCACCUUAAAUCUCUGCCUUAACUUUGCGCUUAACUUUGCGCCAUACCGAGUGAGAAAAUCAGAGGAGGAAAAAAAUCGAAGAAACUAAGAAAUUCAGGUGUUAAUGGGACAAUAUCUGUCCGUUGAGGAGAGAGAGACAACAACACAGCGAGAGAACCCAUUUGGACUUGAGAGAGGGGGUGAGUGCUCUCAAGGUAGAAAAUUUGAUGAUGACCAUGACUACGAUGGCUGACGGUCUGGAGGCUCAGGACUCGUCAAAGUCUGCUUUCAUGGAGUUUGGUCAGCAGUCUCACUCACAACAGAGCUCUCCGUCGAUGGCCGCCAGCCACUACCCGCUGCACUGUCUCCAUUCCGGGUCGCACCCAGCUCACCAUCAGCACGAUAACUCUUCGUACUCCGGAACAAAUUCCUACAACAGGUCGCUACCGUACUCCUACGUGAGCCACCCCCACCACAGCCCGUACCUGCCGUCCUACCACAACAACACAACUGGCGGCCAGGCAAGGUUAGACGGCACAGAGCAGCAAAAAACAACAGUGAUUGAAAACGGAGAAAUUCGUUUCAACGGGAAAGGCAAGAAGAUUCGCAAACCUCGGACGAUUUAUUCUAGUUUGCAGCUUCAAGCUUUAAAUCAUCGUUUCCAGCAAACACAAUACCUUGCCCUGCCAGAACGCGCUGAGCUGGCUGCAUCUCUCGGACUAACACAGACACAGGUAAAGAUAUGGUUCCAGAAUAAAAGGUCAAAGUUCAAGAAGCUGCUGAAGGCAGGUGGCAACCCGCAGGAGAGCGACCCUACUAUGCCUAGUUCCAUCGGCCUGUCUCCCCGCUCUCCAGCAAUUCCUCCCAUAUGGGAUGUUUCAGCGUCCAGCAAAGGAGUAAACAUGGCGGCCAACGGCUACAUGCCCGGUUAUUCUCACUGGUACUCCUCCCCACAUCAAGAGACAAUGCAGAGAUAGACUGCGCAAAGGGCGGGGAGGCCCGAGGCCUGACUCGAGACUUUCGAACCUUUAUAGUUUUACCUGCACAAUUGAUUUCCAUCAGCCUCGAGACAAAAGUGUUGUCCCAUUCGAACAGAGAUUCCUUGGCGAAAGGGUCUGCUUGUGAAGGAUACUUGGGGACAAAGUCUCUGUGAUAUGACACACGAUAAAGGAACUAACCGUAUUAACUUACCAAUGACUGUUCAGUGGGAUUGCCUUUGUUAUGCUUUCAUUCAUGUCAACAUCUGACUGUCAAUAUACCAAAUAUAGGCUAUCACUGACAUUUAGCCCAACACUUGGGCACGGAAUGGAGUACACUUGCGGGUUGAACAUUAUGCCAUCUUAUAUUGUUGAAAUCUAAACUUCACUUUGACUGAGUGUUUUUCUCGAACAUGCAAAACAAAGCAUUCUCUCUGUAUAUAUAUUCAUCAAUUUUAGUUGUACAUACACUUUUUAUGUUUUGUCUUUCAUAAAUGGAGUAAACCUUGACUUAAAACAAA